CAACGCCUCACUCAGCAGCAGUCCACUUCAAUCGUCACUUAUCACUCAUCUCUCAUUACUCACUCGUCAGCCUGUGUGUGUAUGUGUGAGAGAGUGUGAGGGUGAGAUAGAGAAAGAGUAAGAGUGAGUGAGUGAAUUAUUUUGUCAGUCUAAAGCAGGUCAUGACCAUCGACAUCACGCAACUCUACGGCAUUUACGGCACAUCCAUCUCCCAUCUCUCGUACAAAGGAUCACUUUGGCAUCGAAAUCCCUCCCUAUCCCCGACUUUUCUCACGUGGUCUGAACUUUUACUCGUCGAAAACGGCAGACCCCCACCCCAACAUUCCAGUUCCAGUUCCAAGUGACGGUUCAGCUUGUGUGUGAAUGAAUCAAAAGCUCUUCACCACAUUGAGCCAGACCCUCCUCAUCUCAUCAGUUCCAACAACCCUCCCUCACUCGAUUCACCCACCAUGUCAGAAACGGUAGACGUCGUCAUCGACUCCCUCGUCAACGCCGGCGUCACGCACAUCUUCGGCGUGCCGGGCGCCAAGAUCGACUCCGUCUUCAACGCCCUCAUCGACCGGCCCGAGAUCAAGCUCGUCGUCUGCCGCCAUGAGCAGAACGCCGCCUUCAUCGCCGGCGCCAUCGGCCGCAUCACGGGGCGUCCCGGCGUCUGCAUAGCCACGUCGGGCCCCGGCACGAGCAACCUCGCCACGGGCCUCGUGACGGCCAACGACGAGGGCGCCCCCGUCGUCGCCAUCGUCGGCGACGUCAAGCGCGUCCAGGCCGCCAAGAAGACGCACCAGAGCCUGCGCGGCGUGCAGCUGCUCGGGCCCGUCACCAAGAAGACCACCGGCGCCGUCCACCCGGACCAGGUCGCCGAGAUCAUGCUCGACGCCUUCCGCACCGCCACCGCCUACCCGCAGGGCGCCACCGCCGUCAGCCUGCCUAUCGACAUCAUGACGCUCGGCUCCAAGACGUCCAUCCCGGCGCUUCCGCCCGCCGCCUUCACGCCGCCCGAGUACGGCACGUCGCCGUCGGCCUCCCUGAGCCGGGCCGCGUCCAUGAUCCAGGACGCCAAGUUCCCCGUGCUGUUCCUCGGCGCGAGGGCCGCCACGCCCGAGGCCGUCGAGGCCGUCCACCGGUUCCUCCGGAAGCACCCGAUCCCUGUCGUCGAGACCUUCCAGGCGGCCGGCUCCAUCAGCCGCGAGCUCGCCCACCUCUUCUACGGCCGCAUCGGCCUCUUCCGCAACCAGCCGGGCGACAAACUCCUCGCCCAGGCCGACCUCGUCAUCGUCGCCGGCUACGACCAGUCCGAGUACGACGCCGACGCGUGGCACAAGAGCCCGAGCCUCGAGAUCCUCCACCUCGACUGGGUCCCCGCCGACUACGGCGCCUUCUACAACCCCAAGCUUGAGCUCGUCGGGUCCAUCGCCGCCAACGUCAAGGCCCUCGGGGACAUCCUCGCGACGGUCUCGCGGCCGCAGGAGUCCGAGGCGGCCAGGGCCAUCUUUGCCGAGUUCCACGCCUGGGAGCAGAGCCCGCAGGCCCUAGGUCGGUCCGCAGAAGGCGACGGGCCCGUCCACCCGCUCUACUUCAUCAGGCUGAUGCAGGGCCUGCUGCCGCCGUCGCCGACCGUCGCGUCGGACGUCGGCAGCAUGUAUAUCUGGCUCUCGCGCUUCUACUUCGCCUACAGCCCCAAGUCGUUCCUCGUGUCCAACGUGCAGCAGACGCUCGGCGUCGCGCUCCCGUGGGCCAUCGGCGCGUCGCUCGCCCAGCGGCCGCCGUGCUCGCAAAAGGUCGUCAGCGUCAGCGGCGACGGCGGCUUCCUGUACAGUGGCCAGGAGCUGGUGACGGCGGUGCAGCAGGGGUGCAACAUCACGCACUUCAUCUGGAAUGACGGCAAAUACAACAUGGUCGAGUUCCAGGAGGUCGACAAGUACGGCCGCAGCUCCGGCGUCGACCUGGGCGGCGUCGACUUUGUCAAGUACGCCGAGGCGUUUGGGGCCAAAGGGUUGCGCGUGAGCCGUUCGUCCGAGCUCGAGGCCGUCAUGAAGGAGGCUUUGAGCCACGAGGGCGUGUGCGUGGUCGAUGUCAACAUCGACUACUCGCACAACUACGAGCUCAUGAAGAACGUCAUCCAAGACAGCAUUAGCUGAAGUUAAUAUGUAUAAUACGAGGAUAAAUGCCAGGGUUCGCCUCGAAGUGAGGCACCAAUAGCCAGGAACCCGUGCUCUAAUAAUUCAUCAUCU